GCUGUUGACAGCAUCAUACUUGACGCAUCUCAAAAUCGUUUUCCACCGCAAUUGUUUAUGUUUCCCAAAAGGAAUUGUUCAAAUCAGCUGCCAAGUUCCUCCCUGUUUUCUUGCAUGAAUUACACUCACGUUAAGUUAAGCUGUACGAAACGUAAAGAAAAUGUUGGAAGAAGUCCAGUACAUUAAGCUACCGUCGAAAACCUACCGAACAAUAUCCCAUCCGAACAAGUUGCAUUUUACCGUGAAUGGAUUGGCCCCUAAGCGGCACUUUGUGAAAUUGAAUGUAGCGGAUUUUGUGAAUGAAAUCAAAAAGCGACCGGUGCUGUACAACAUGCGGCACAAGGAUUACAAACGGAUAUGCUUGCGGAACCGAUACUGGGAGGAGGUUGCGCUCGCAAUGAACUUGUCCAUCCAGGAGUGUAAGAAACGGUGGCGCAGCAUGCGCGAUGCCUUUCUCAAGACCGUCCGUAACAAGAGUGAGGUUGAGCGUCAAUCAUGGAUACACUACCGGUUGCUGGAGUUUAUGCUUCCGUAUGUUGUCUUCCGGAAAGAGGAUGGCGAACCGGCAAAUGAUUUCUCACAGUGUAAAGACGAUGCAGAGGAGAUGGAUUUCGUUGAAUUUGAUAGCGACGAGGAAGUGUACGAUGGUGCCGUUACCGUGUCUUAUGUGACACAAGACGGUAAGCAGGUGUUCCAGGUUAUGCAUACCCCACAGGACGAUAGCUUAGCCGAUACCAUGCAACUGGAAGAGAUUGAAGAUGAAAUUGAGGACUGCAAUGAGGAGCAGCCACACCUUCAACCGUUCGUGUGCGCUUCAACGUCAGGCACUGAAUAUCUGCUAGCGUCCACAACGGAUGACGAGAGCGAACAGGAAGCGGUACUGUACGAAGAGCAACACAAUUCCACCAUAAUUCAUGAAGAAAAGCCAAUAGAAGCCAUCAAUAGUUACCCUUCCGGUUGGAACGAAGAGCACGUGGAUGAUGUGAAACAAAUCGAAUCUGAACCGGAAAUUAAUGAAAUCGAUGUUGCUAGAAAACGGUUACGAGUAGAACCUACACAAAUACCACCGAACAUUUCCUCGAGACCCACGUCUCCACCUGCCGAUCCUCCCGUCUUAUCUAUCAUUUCUGCCCCAAUUCCACCACCACAGGAAGAAUGUAAAGAAUCGGACGCACGGUUAGGCAUCACCGAUCCGGAUGAACGGUUUCUUCUUUCCUGCGCACCGAUUCUACGAAGGCUACCAAACAAAAAGAAUGUGUUGGCCCGGCUUAAGAUACAGCAGCUGUUGUUCGAGCUGGAGUACGACGAAAAGUAUAGCUGCGAGGGAACGUGAUGUGAUGAGCAUAAGACUAUACGGCGCUGUUAAGUUCAUUCCUUAUCACAAAACCUGUGGAACCAACGACAUUUUGUUUUACAACCUAUCUCAUUAUUCAAAAACCCCUCAAAUGGUUGGUUUGUUGGCAACAAUGUAUAAUUGUUCCUCUUUGCUUUAAUAUGCAAAAUAAUGCAAUUUAACCUUUCUGUCUAAAUACAUAUUUAAACACUUUGCAGCACGUGCUGGGUUAUUAAU